GUGAUCAGUGUUAUGAUGUUAUCGUUAUGAUUUAUGAACUUAUGAUUAACAUUAACUUUUAUAUUUAUUAAUCGUAAACAUAUUUUCUUUCAAACGGAUCAAACCUUACAUUCAUUUUUAUUGCUUGAUAUUUUUGCCUUUGAGUUGGGAUAUUUGUAAUUGAAAACACCAUAUUGCUGUCUUCGCUGGUUUUGUGAACCAUCAGCAGCUUCUUGACAACGGAUUUACUCAUUUACAACGUGAACGAGCUUGUCCCACUCCACUGCGUGAGUACUCGUACUUUUGAGUCUGGAAGGAUGAAUGAAAAUAGCUUCUACGUGCGCUAUUAUGUGGGCCAUAGAGGAAAAUUUGGGCACGAGUUCCUGGAGUUCGAGUUUCGUCCUGAUGGACGCUUACGGUAUGCCAACAACUCUAACUACAAGAACGACACGAUGAUCCGCAAGGAAGUCGUGGUGCAUCCCGCCGUGAUGGACGAGGUGCGCCGCAUCAUCUCCGAGAGCGAAAUCUUGCGGGAGAACGAUCAGAAGUGGCCUGUUCCCGAUCGUGUGGGUCGUCAGGAGCUGGAGAUUCUCAUGGGCUCUGAGCAUAUUUCCUUCACCACCAGUAAGAUCGGGUCCCUGAUGGACGUCAAUAACAGCACCGAUCCCGAAGGACUGCGCUGCUUCUAUUAUCUGGUGCAGGAUCUCAAGUGCCUGGUCUUCUCCUUGAUAGCUUUGCACUUCAAAAUAAAGCCCAUCUGAUCUCAGCGCUAGUGUGUACACUGCCUUUGUUUUAUAUAAGUCAGGAAGGACAUAAGGUAAUUGAAUGGAUUAAGUCCGGGUUUGGGGUUUCGACACUGUUCGGAAAUUAACACUUUAAAAGUCUGUUAGUGGCUUUGUCCACUGUAUCCAACUCCAGCUUCCUCAAAUUAAUGGUUCGAUGGUUUGUUUUUCUGCUGUUACAUUUUGUUAGUCUUGUACUGUUGAUCACGGUUAUGUUAUUUUUGUUGCGAGAAGAUUAUUGUUGUAGCGGACGCCUUUUGGUAGAAGCAUGUCGAUCGUGAUGGCACAUACAUUUUCCUCAUUCUAACGGAAAGAUGAUAAAAUCCGAAGUUCA